GCCAGGGGAAGUGGCCCAGGAGGGUCCCGUGUGGCUGCAUAAAAUUGGCAACUUCAGAACUGGAGGGAGGGGGUUGUGUGCGACGUCGAGAGGCGGGGAGAGGGGUGGAGGAGUUGCUCUCUGCGUCCAAGUCCCUGGGCUCUCUCAGAGAUCCUCAAGCUGGAGCAGAGGUGGCUGGCAGGCCCAGCCGAUUGUUGGCCUCUGUUCUCUUUCCACCGCCUGCUUCUUCUGACCGGAGACACAGCUGCUCUGAAGGGCUUAGUCCUGACACUAGGGUGACACGAUCGCGCUGAUGCCCGGAGUGCCCGCAGGGCUUCCAGCUAACCAUGCCACAGCCGCCCGCCGCUGCCCUGGCGCUGCCCUCGCUACUGCUGCUGCUGCUGGUGCGGACGCCGCCCCUGACAGGCGCGCCGCGGUCCCCAGGCCCCGAUUACCUGCGGCGCGGCUGGCUGCGGCUGCUGGCGGAGGGCGAGGGCUGCGCUCCCUGCCGCCCAGAAGAGUGCGCGGAGCCGCGGGGCUGCCUGGCCGGCCGGGUGCGCGACGCGUGCGGCUGCUGUUGGGAGUGCGCCAACCUCGAGGGCCAGCUCUGCGACCUGGACCCCAGCGCCCACUUCUACGGGCGCUGCGGCGAGCAGCUUGAGUGCCGGUUGGACGCGGGCGGCGACCUGAGCCGCGGAGAGGUGCCGGAGCCUCUGUGUGCCUGCCGCUCGCAGCGCCCGCUCUGCGGAUCGGACGGCCGGACCUACGCGCAGAUCUGCCGGCUGCAGGAGGCUGCCCGCGCUCGGCCCGACGCCAACCUCACGGUGGCGCACCCGGGGCCCUGCGAAUCAGAGCCCCAGAUCGUGUUGCACCCAUAUGACAUUUGGAACGUGACGGGGCAGGACGUGGUCUUUGGCUGUGAGGUGUUUGCCUACCCCAUGGCAUCCAUCGAGUGGAGGAAGGACGGCUUGGACAUUCAGCUACCAGGGGAUGAUCCCCACAUCUCGGUGCAGUUCAGGGGUGGACCCCAGAGGUUUGAGGUGACAGGCUGGCUGCAGAUCCAGGCUGUGCGUCCCAGUGAUGAAGGUAUCUACCGCUGCCUGGCCCGCAAUGCUCUGGGACAGGUUGAGGCCCCAGCUAGCCUGACAGUGCUCACACCAGACCAGCUGAACUCCACAGGCAUCCCCCAGCUGCCAUCCCUGCAUCUGGUUCCUGAGGAGGAGGCUGAGAGUGAAGAGGGCGAGGAUUACUACUAGGUCUGCCGCCCUGGCCUAUGGGGGUGGGUGAGGGGGAUAGUAGUCAUCCCUGCUCUUGAAAAGACAUAAAAGGGGGAGCAGGGCCCUUUCAUUGCUUUAAUGCCCUUAAUAGGGGAGACAUGGUGGUGGUAAGUAGGGAGACAAAAGUUGGUAGAGGGUAAGGAGAGAGGCAGACACUAGGGGAAGUGGGAAGCAAAGGGGCCCAUGGAGGAGAUGCUGUGGCUGGGACAGUCUCCAGCGUGGAGCAACCAGGCAGAAGACAGCAGCUGCCUGCUGGUCCCUAGGCUGGGUGGGAGUAUGCGGGGGGCCGGGGGGGGGUUCAGAGCAGACACAAAGAGGCAGCCGGGAUCCUCCACUUUCCUGCCAGUCUUCCCUCCAGCUCUGCUCAGUCAGUCUUCUGAUCUACCCUUUGCCACGCAUGCUGUGAUUUUUCUAGUCCCUCACCUUUGCCUAGCCUCAGUUUACCCUCUCUCGAAGCUCACCUUCUAGAAAUUUCUCCCCUCACCUAAGUUCCACUUGUACUUACUAACCGCAGUCCUCUUUGCUGUUGGCCAUUUGUUGUCUGGAAAAACAUAAUGGAGCAUGGUUUAGGCCAGUGCAGUAAGAUGGGCAUUUGAUCAUGUCUAACUUCUGUCCUUCUGAAAAAUUUGAGGCCAGGACUGUUUCUUAUAUUGGACAGUGCCUAGCACAGGACUAGGCACAGUUGGUACGCAAUAAAGAUUUCUGAACAAACA